GUAUUAAAAGGGCCCCUGCAAUUUUUGGGAACUGAAGAUUAAAACAAGUAAAAGUCAUGAUUGUAUGAUUGAGACAGGGCACCAAACCUUUGCAGUACCUGCACGCACAGACAUCAUGUACAUGUGAAGGGAUUCUGGUGGAAUACCAUUUCUGUGGAAAACACGCUUUUAACAUUUUUUUAGAAUGUGGGAUGAAAGUAGAGCACCAGGAUUUUACCCAUUUUGGAAACUGCUAUCUGUAGAUUCCUGAAUUAGAACACAGCUUGAAAUAAACUUUUAAAUUUAUAAAGAAAAGUUCUAUAACUACAGUUUAAGAUGAGUUCGGGAAAUGCCAUUGAUGAUGAUAACACUUUCAAAAUCCUAAUCACCACGGACAUUCACCUUGGUUACAUGGAGAAGGAUGCCAUACGUGGAAAUGACACGUUUGUAACAUUCAAAGAGAUUUUGAAGAUUGCUGAAGAGAAAAAAGUAGAUUUCAUUUUGAUGGGUGGUGAUCUGUUUCAUGACAACAAACCCUCUAGGAAGACUCUACAUGCCUGCAUUGAGCAACUGCGAAAACACUGUAUGGGUGACCGUCCAAUACAGUUUGAAGUUCUGAGUGACCAGUCUGUUAAUUUUGGAUUCAGUAGGUUUCCAUGGGUAAACUAUCAGGAUACAAACAUGAAUAUUUCAAUCCCCAUUUUCAGUAUCCAUGGCAAUCACGAUGAUCCAACAGGGGCAGAUGGUCUGUGUGCACUGGACAUUUUAAGUUGUGCAGGACUGAUCAAUCAUUUUGGAAGGUCAAUGUCCGUUGAAAAAAUUGAAAUUACUCCACUUUUAUUGCAGAAGGGUGACACAAAGCUUGCUCUUUAUGGAUUAGGGGCAAUUCCAGAUGAGAGGUUGUAUCGUAUGUUUAUCAAUAAACAAGUAAUGAUGCUUAGACCAAAGGAGGAUGAAGAUAACUGGUUCAACCUAUUUGUAGUUCACCAGAACAGAAGCAAACAUGGAGCAACAAAUUAUAUCCCUGAACAAUUCCUGGAUGAUUUUAUUGACUUAGUUAUUUGGGGCCAUGAACAUGAAUGCAAAAUUUCUCCAGCUAGGAAUGAACAGCAGCUUUUUUAUGUUUCUCAGCCUGGAAGUUCAGUGGUCACAUCUCUCUCACCUGGUGAAGCUGUGAAGAAGCAUGUUGGUAUACUGCGCAUAAAAGGGAAGAAAAUGAACAUGCAGAAGGUACCACUUCAGACUGUGCGACAGUUCUUCGUUGAGGACAUCGUCCUUGCUGAUAAUCCAGAUCUUUUUAAUCCAGAUAAUCCCAAAGUUACUCAGAAAAUAGAGAACUUCUGCCUUGAGAAGGUUGAAACAUUGCUUGAAAAUGCAGAAAGAGAAAGAUUAGGAAAUCAUCUGCAACCAGAAAAGCCUCUUGUACGAUUAAGGGUUGAUUACAGUGGGGGAUAUGAACCUUUCAGCACUCUCCGAUUUAGUCAGAAGUUUGUUGACCGAGUGGCAAAUCCAAAGGAUGUUGUACAUUUUUUCCGUCACAAAGAACAAAAAGAUAAAAAAGGUGAAGAGCAGAUAAAUUUUGAAAAGCUUGUAAAAAAGCCUGCUGCAGAGGGAAUGACACUGAGAGUAGAAGAUCUAGUAAAACAGUAUUUUGAGACAGCAGAGAAGAAUGUGCAGCUUUCACUUCUGACUGAGAGGGGAAUGGGAGAAGCUGUGCAAGAAUUUGUGGACAAGGAGGAAAAGGAUGCUAUAGAGGAACUGGUGAAAUUUCAGCUGGAAAAAACACAACGAUUCCUCAAAGAACGUCAUAUAGAUGCAGUUGAAGAGACAAUUGAUGAAGAGAUACGUGUUUUCAGAGAUUCAAGGAAAAAAAAUAUGUCAGAAGAGGAUGAAGAAGUCCGUGAGGCCAUGAUCCGAGCCAGAGCCAACAGAUCAGAAACAGGUGAUGCAGCUUCCACCAUUAGUGGUGAUGAGGAUGAUGUGGACAUAGAAAUACUGGAACCUAUGGAUGUCGAUUCUGGUGGUGAUGAUGUGGGUAGAAUGGUGCCAAGCAGAGGACGAGGCCGUGCACGUGGUGGGCGGGGACAAAACUCAAGCACUAGAGGAACAUCUAGGAGAGGAAGAGGACGAGGUGGAAAGGAUCAGUUGGAAGCAAGGGCAUCUGGUAGCACAAGGUCGUACAAACCUGCCGUUACUACUCCUGCAAAAAAUAUGUCCAUCAUAGACGCUUUCAAAUCAGCCAGACAUCAACCUUCCAGAGCUGCAACUAAAAAGACAUUUUCUGAGGAUAUUGAAGAAGAUAACUCUGAUGUAGAAAUUUCAUACACUGCCUCUUCUAGAGCUUCUAAAGCUGAUCAAAGGACCUCAUCCAUAUCUUCUUAUAAGCGACCUUCUCAGAGCCAGUCACUAAGAGGAGUGAAUUUUGAUGAUGAUGAUGAGGAUGAAUAUGAUCCUUUCCAAACUACAAGUUCUUCCAGAAGAGGUCGCCGAUAGCUUAGAGGUGCCUGAUGCAAUUCCAAAGGAAAGAAGAAUUCUGCAAACUGUGCUCAGUAUGGAUAGCACAAUUAUGUCCAACAUUGCUUCUAGAUGUUUCCUGUUGUGAAUGCAAGUCAUCAUCUAGUAGGGCAUAUGUAUGCUUCAGACACUGAAGCACUACUGCAAAGAAAAACACAAGUUAAUUAGCCCCUUGGCAUUCUAUGGAAAGUGCCUCUGCUUCUCUGUGUAAUAAAUCUAUGUAACAUAAGCAUGUAACAGUAGCAAUCCCCAGUAUUGAUGUGUGCACAUUAUGCACAUGCACUGCAUCCCAAGACUGGACUAGCAGCAAAAGCCUACAUGUAGCACUCAGAUAUGAAGAGACUUUGCAUUUUACAUCUGUUAGCUUGUGUUUGAGAGAGAAUGAAGCCAUGACACUGUAUACAUGGAUCCAGCUGCAGAGAGCUUACUGUGCUGUACCAGCCUCUGGGAUUAUAAAUCUUCAGCACUGAUAGUUCUUCCAGAGUGCUGUGACUUCCAGUAUGUACAUCCCCCUUUCCUUACCCAGUACCUAAUUACUUGUCUGUUACAUAUAAUGGUACUGUUACAACUUCUUUUCUUCAUAACUUUGAUACCAUAUGCUACUUACCUUGUAUCUGUCACUUUCUAAAUCCAGUAACUGCUUCCCACUAGAUGCUCUAUGAUGUGCUGAUACAUAAAUCCUUCAGUCAUUGCCCUUGUGAGUUAACAUCCUUUUUUUCCAUGUAGAUACAUGGCUUUUUCUUAGAAGUAUUUUGUAUGCAGAAAUUCUUUCCGGGAAUUUCUGCAUUAUUUUCCAAAACAUUUGCAGAGAUAUAUAGAUCCUUUUUGAAACAGAUGUGGUCCUUCAGCAGGGAUGUUUGCAUUGCACUUGUUUGCUUCAUCCAACAGGAGACAGAUGAUUCAUGACUAUUGGGGAAGAGAGUACUAUAUACCAUAAACUUAUUCCUGUGUAUUAAAUGAAUUGAAAGAGUCACUAACAAAAAAUAAGUCAUUUAAUUAUAGCACUUAGUCAUAGAUGUUGAGUGCUUAGCUGAAGCAGAAUAACUAAAAUCCAGCACAACACCAAUUGCAGCAAUAGUAUGCACAUUUGGAAGGAAUAUUUCAGUUGUUUUAUCAGCGUUAUGUGUAAACAGUUAGUAUACGCUGGGCUGUAGAUGGCAGUUCUUGGGUCUGAGACUGCAGGGAAAUUUAUGAAGUUUAAUUCCACCAGUGAUUGUAUGCAUCGGACGUUGUUACAGUAACGAUCUGUUUAUAUUAGUCCUGUCUGACAUGAUACGUAAUGAAGGUCACUAAGUUCUUAGGAGUUUUACACUGUUUCUUAAUGGGAGACCAUGGAAAUGCACUUGUUUAGCAACAUGCAGUGGAGUGCUGAUGAAACUUUUGAAACGGCGAGCUACAGCAGUUUGUUGUUUGGUUCUGUGCCUCAUUUACUUUUGUUGUUUAGUGGGUGUAUAUGUUCUGCUAUCACUUGAUAAUAGGUUGAGUACACCAUUUAAUGUGGCUUAUAGUCCAUGUUCUUCAUUGAUGUACAGGACCUCUCACUGUUCCAUUGGUAAGUUAAACUAACUGCUAAAACUCAUCAAAUGUGUAUCCAAAUUAUUUAUACUAUUUUUUUGAAAAACACAAAGUUUACAGUUAUAUUUUGUUAAACUGACACAUGAAGAUAUUUUAUGGCUUAGUAAAAAUGAGGUUCCCUGUAAUUUACAAAAACAAUGUGUAAUUAAAUAUAUUAAUUUUUGAAAUCUGUUUUUUCUAUAUUGGAUAAGUGCAACAUAUACAUACUUUUGUGCUAUUCUGUUUUUCCCUACAAUUUGAAAUACUUUCCUUGGUUAUUGUAAUAUUAGUUUGUAAACGUUUU